AUGUGUGGGAGAUGUCUGAAGCAAAUGGCAAAGGAUGCAAAUGCAAGGGCAAAGGCAGAGGCAAAUGCACCGAACGGAGCGAGCGAACUGGGCGAACAGGCCGUCCAAGACCAUCGGGACCCCGCCGAACUCGACCAAAUCACCACACUUCCCAAUGGCAUCCGCGUUGCGACUGAAGCCCUGCCAGGCCACUUCUCUGGCAUUGGUGUCUAUGUUGACGCCGGCUCACGGUACGAAAACGAUGCGCUGCGAGGAGUAAGCCACAUUAUCGACCGUUUGGCCUACAAGUCAACCCGUAAUACCACUAGCGACCAGAUGAUGGAGAAGAUGCAGACACUGGGAGGAAACAUCCAGUGUUCCUCCAGCAGAGAGUCUCUCAUGUACCAGUCCGCCACGUUCAAUUCCGCCGUAGACACCACCGUUGGUGUGCUAGCAGAGACGAUACGCGAUCCCUUGGUUACGGAAGAUGAGGUGCAGCAACAGUUGGAAACGGCCGACUACGAAAUUGGCGAGAUCUGGGGCAGGCCAGAACUGAUUCUGCCCGAACUCGUGCACAUGGCGGCAUACAAAGACAACACUCUGGGCAACCCACUGCUGUGUCCCAAGGAGCGCCUACCCUUCAUCAACCGUGCGGUUGUCGACGCAUACCGAAAAGAGUUCUACAAGCCCGACAGGAUAGUGAUUGCCUUUGCCGGUGUGAACCACAACGAGGCUGUGCGAUUAACAGAACAGUACUUUGGCGACAUGGAGAAAGGCACCGGUCCAGCCCUCGUCAGCGUAGGCGACAGCGCGACAUCCAACUCGCUACCACAGCAGCAGAACUUCACGGCUGACCACCCCACGCCAACCGGCGCACCCCCGCAAACGUCCAAACUACUCUCCAAAAUACCAUUCUUCAAGAACCUCUCCACUUCCGCCACCUCCAGCGCCUCCGUAAACACAUCCUUUGACCUCAACUUCCCUCCGAUAGACACAUCACUCCCCUCGCAAUACACCGGUGGUUUCCUCACCCUCCCCCCAAUUCCACCACCAGCAAACCCCAUGUUACCACGCCUAUCCCACAUCCACCUCGCCUUCGAAGCCCUCCCCAUCUCCUCCCCCGACAUCUACGCCUGCGCCGUCCUGCAAACACUCCUCGGCGGUGGUGGUUCCUUCAGUGCCGGCGGCCCCGGAAAAGGCAUGUAUUCGCGCCUCUACACAAACGUGCUCAACCAACACGGCUGGGUCGAGUCGUGCGUAGCUUUCAACCACAGCUACACCGACAGCGGCCUCUUCGGUAUCGCCGCCGCCUGUGCACCAACCCACGUCACCCAAAUGCUCGAAGUCAUGUGUCGCGAACUCAAAUCUCUAGGCGACGAAGCCGGCUACUCUGCCCUCAAGGACGGAGAGGUCCAACGCGCGAAAAAUCAGCUCCGCUCUUCGCUCCUCAUGAACCUCGAGUCGCGCAUGGUCGAACUAGAGGAUCUGGGCAGACAGGUACAGGUCCACGGCCGCAAGGUGGGCGCAAAGGAAAUGUGCAAGAAGAUUGAAGAUGUUACUGUCAAGGAUCUGAGAAGGGUUGCUAGACAGGUCUUUGGCGGUGAGGUUAAGAAUGUAGGUGGUGGCUCGGGCGCGCCGACGGUGGUGCUGCAGGAAGGUGAGCAGGAGGGCUUCACUAGGAAGGACUUUACGUGGGAUGAUAUCCAGUCGAGGAUUGCGAGGUGGAAACUUGGUCGUAAAUAGUUUACAUGAUAUAUGAGACAAAAAGCGGAGGUGUACGAUCACGUCGAUGGAUGGAUGAAUACAGUGUAUUAUUAAGUUGAAGUGGGUAUAUUGAAAUGAAUUCAUGACAAAA